AGGAAAGAAAAAAAUAAUAACGUCUGGCAACAGUCGAUAUUAAAAACAUGCAGAGGGAGACAAGCUCGGGGCCUUCCAGAGUCAGGAAAAAGACUUCGGAGAGCUGCAGACGGGAGAUGGGUAUGGCAUUUGUAUUUUCCCCCUGCCCAAUGAUUUGUAUAUGAAAACAUAGCGCUUUUAUUCUCCCCCCUUCUGGGCUCUGCUUCUGAGUGAUCAGCUGAUGAAGAGACUAGCAGCUCGCCGCUAUGCUGGCUUGCUAAUUCUCUCCCCCACAGCUGCAGCCGAUCCCGAUAACCAGCCUGCAGAUUGCAGUCAGCUCGAGGCAAGAGAGAACGGUUCUCUAGAGGACAUGGAGGAGGACAUCAGUCUGAAGAAGCGUAAAGGUGAUCAUCAAGCAGUGAAAGACCUGAAGGCUGGGCAAGAAACUGGCGAGAAAGUCAAAAGGAAGCGAGGGCGCCCACCAGCUGAGAAACUCCCUCCAAAUCCACCUGAACUCACCAGAACACUGAACACACUGGUGGAUAUGGUCAUGAACUACAAAGAUGGGUUGGGACGGCAGAUCAGUAAAGGCUUUGUGCAGCUUCCCUCUAAGAAGGAGGUACCUGAGUACUACGAACUGAUCCGAAAGCCUGUGGACUUCAGAAGGAUCAGGGAACGUGUUCGCAAUCACAAGUACAGAAGUGUGGGAGAUCUGGAGAAGGACAUUUUCCUUCUGUGUCACAAUGCUCAGACUUAUAAUCUGGAGGGAUCACAGAUCUAUGAGGAUUCUAUUGUCAUUAAGUCUGUUUUUGAGAGUGCGAGACAGAGAAUCGUCACAGAUGAAGAACAGAAAGAGACGGUUAGCGCCAGUCACAGCAAUAAUGGCGGUGGAGCUGAAGACCAGUUUGUUCCAUCAGCAGUGAAACCAUUACCAGUUCAGAUCAAGAAGGGGGCUAAGGAGCAGAGAAGCAGAAAUACUAUGGCCAAGAGGGUUCACAGUGAUUUAGACAGCGAUGAGGAUCUAGAGGAUAACACCACAAAAGAUGAAGGUUGAACUAAAAGACCCUGCUCUUUUUGUAUCCUUGUCCAUGUCUAUUCUCUGCCACAUCCCUUUUCAUUGGUUUCUUUAUGUUGUUGUGUUUUUUUUAAUUAAAAGAAAGCUCUUUGAAAAUAACCGUGAAAGGACUCCUCAGUGUGAAGCACUUAUAAAACAGUGCUUGUUUUUUAGAUGACUCACAUCACUCAAACACAUCUUGCUGCACAGUGCUGUUCUUCUCAUUUAGCUGGUCUUUUAUAAGAAUUAUGAUUUACGUUUUAUCUGCUUUAGUCCCCGUGAUAGCUUCUGCAGAUAUAAUGUAAAGCACCAGUUUCAUUGACUGUUUUUAAUCAAUAUAUUUGAUUGUAUGAAAUGCCUUCAUAUGUCUUUGGAGCAUGAUAUGUAUCUCUGUCCUGAAGCUGGCUCCUCCAGAGGAAAACCUGCUGAUGAUGAUGUGUUCAGGGCCAGGGCAUCGAAGCACACAGGAAGGUCCGUUUAAUGAAUCGGAGAUGAGCAAAUUAGAUUUGUUUAAAGUCUCUGAAUGUGAUUUUUAGAGUGGAUACAAGUAAAAAGACAUGUGACAAAUACUGGUAGUAUGCCUUUUGUUUGUUUCUGAUACUUGAUGGAAUAAGUUUGGAUCUAACCAGGGGUACUUAAGUCAAACAUUUGUAUCCCUUGUGCUACAGUAUAUUCACAUAUUGUACAGUUUGUGUGAAAAAUAACAAAAUUUCUUUUCAUUUACUCUCCUACUAUUUGGGGAGGAUGAAAGACAUCAUUGUUAAGACAAUCCCUCAAAAACCUGUAUCACUUAAACACUUGCAAAAUAAAUUUUACCAAAAAGU